CCCUUGGUCACGAGAAGCGAGAGAAACAGAAAGGCGAAAGGAAUCCGUUUGGGGCUGGGCGGCCGAGAGACGGCGUUCAAUCCUCGACUUGGUUCUUGCCAUGGGACGCGACAGCCGAUGCCCGGAAUGCUGCUGGUUCUUAGUGUUGUUGCACGGGGUGGCGGGCUUGGCCGCAGCAAACGCUGGGACGCCUCCUCUGCCUUUGGUCAUCAACACCUGGGCAUUUAAGAAUGCCAACGAAAUAGCUUGGAAUGUCUUACAAGCAGGAGGUUCGGAACUUGAUGCAGUAGAAAAAGGUUGUGGGCAGUGUGAAAUAGAACAGUGUGAUGGAAGUGUAGGAUAUGGUGGAAAUCCAGAUGAACAUGGAGAAACAACUUUGGAUGCCAUGAUUAUGAAUGGUAACACAAUGCAGGUUGGAGCAGUAGCGGAUCUCAGACGCAUUAAAAAUGCUAUUGGUGUUGCACGGAAAGUGAUAGAACAUACUAAGCACACUUUUCUAGUUGGCGAGUCAGCUUCACUCUUUGCAGAAAGCAUGGGAUUUCCAAGUGAAGAUUUAACUACGUCGAACUCUGUUUCAAUGUAUAUAAAGUGGCUCAAUCAAAACUGCCAGCCAAAUUUCUGGAAGAAUGUUACACCAGAUGCUUCAAAAUCAUGUGGCCCCUACAAACAGACUGCAGAGUUCAGUAAAAAAGAACAAACCACUUCAGUCAGAAGAAUUGAAGUUCAUAACCACGAUACUAUUGGUAUGAUUGUAAUUGGUCAGGAUGGAAGUAUUGCUGUAGGGACCUCUACAAAUGGUGCAAAUCACAAAAUCCAGGGUCGAGUAGGAGACUCUCCAAUAGCUGGAGCAGGGGCAUAUGCUGAUAGUACAGCUGGAGCUGCAGCUGCUACUGGUAAUGGAGAUAUCAUGAUGCGCUUCUUGCCCAGUUAUCAAGCAGUGGAAUAUAUGCGACUGGGACUGGACCCCACGAUGGCAUGUCAGAAGGUUAUUUCUAGAAUCAAGAAAUAUCACCCUUAUUUCUUUGGUGCUGUUAUUUGUGCCAACACAAGUGGAAGCUAUGGUGCUGCCUGCAAUAGAGUCCCAGGAUUCACACAGUUCCAUUUUAUGGCUUCUAACCCUAUUCUAAAGCAGCCAUCGGAGCAAAUAAUAGACUGCAUUUAACUUUUUUUCCAUUUCUUCUUCUCUUAAUGGAAGUCCCUAAACUCAACCCAAUGGAAGAAAUGAAGAAUCUCAAUUUAAUCUGAAUAUACUCUUGGAAUUAAACUGCACUGCAUUCAGUAGAAAUUAUUUCUGUCUAAAUUUGUUAUACAAAUAAAUGAGUAGAUUAGGUUCAAUCAAGUUGAACAAAACCAUAAAACUUUUCUCAAUGACAUUCUGAGCUACUUUUUGCAGUAAUAUUCAUUUUUAAAGAUACGUUGCAAAAUUGGAGAACUUAAUGAUUUUUCCCUUAAGUUAACUCUCAGUUCUCUAUUUUGCAUAAUAUUCUAAUGUAAGAGAAGCUAAUCCUCAAAUAAACAGAAUGUAGUCAUUGCUUAAAUUGUUUACUAUUUUACCCUUAAAAUAAAUUCUUGUGUAGACUUCAAAAAACAAGAUUCAAUAAAUUCCAUUUUUCUUUACAAUACUGUGUCAGCCCUGGAGGCCAUCUUUUUCUUUGGAUUUUCAGGGCUGCCACACUUAGUGCUGUGGGAAACUGGGAGUGGGAUUGCAUGGAGUGGUGGAGAUAUCUAAUCAUAAUCACAUUCCUUUCUCUGAAAGUCAAGGACAUUUGGCCUGCACCUGGAGUGGUGUGACUGGGAGGCAUCUCCAGUUGGGAUGGUGUAUUGAUUGGACCAUGUAAUGGACAUGUGGGUAUUUGUGGGUACAGGGGAAGGGACUUGGACUUUCUUUUGUGUGGGGAAGCUUUCUGGAAGCUUUCAGAUUUGGGUUUUCCCAGAUAUGCCAAUGUGAUAUCUCUAAUAAAAUGGAAUUUUGAGGAA